AUGGAGCGUGGAAACACCAACUCCCUGCUUCACGAGGGGCUUCAAGAGGAUGAGGAAAAGUUGAAUGGUGUGAAGGCACAGAUGGCCUUGCCGCUUGGAGAGGGAAGAAGUGAGGGAGAGAGUGGACAGGGCCUGCCUGGGUCUGGAGCCACAGCCCCUGAAGGGGAAGGGAUAGAAUUGAAUGGAGACAGUCCCUCUGCUGCUGCCGCUGCUGCAGACCUUGCAGAUAAUUCUAACCAAGAGGACCAGGGUGCCAGAGGCACUGGCCAGGAGAGUGACAAGCAGCCACAGGAGCCAGCUCCCAAGGACUUGGAGGGCCCAGAAGAUGUGCCACACGUGCCAGUGCUUAUGUCCAGGUUGCAACCUGUCUCAGUGUUGCUACGCCAAUGUUGCUUUAAAUACAAACUCGUUCCGUGGCAGUUGCGAGAGCUGGAGCGUAUUUUCAAGCAGAAUCAUUUCCUCAGUGCAUUAGAAAGAAAACAACUGGCCAGAAGGAUAGGUGUGACUCAAGCCGUUGUGAAGGAGACACCAGGCUAA